AUGCCCUCUAACAUUCGGUUGUUUACAUAUGGUUCAACAAUUCCAUUGAACAUCUUGGGGACAAUAACUGUCAAAGUUGAACGCAAUGGAAAGCAAAUUCUUGCCCAGUUUGUAGUAGUCAACAACCGAGGAACAGGGUGCCUUUUGGGUCAUAAAUCUGCUACAGAACUAGACCUUCUGCAUGUUGCCAACUCAGUUUCCAUACAGUCUGAAGACAUUUCUUCAAAAAUUUCUGCUAAAUUUCCCAAAGUCUUUGAAGGUGUGGGCAAACUAAACGAUUUUCAACAAACUAUCCAUGUUGAUCCCAAAAUUCAUCCUGUUGCCCAAGCACCCCGCCGUGUCCCAUUUCAUGUUCGCCGCAAAGUAGAAGCCAAACUAGACGAGCUACAGCGCUUAGACAUCAUUGAGCCAGUCACUGGGCCAACACCAUGGGUGUCCCCCUUGGUUGUAGUGCCCAAGCCAAAUGGGGAGGUCCGUAUCUGUGUAGAUAUGCGUCAAGUCAACACAGCAGUUAUCAGAGAAAGGUACCCAAUUCCCACCGUAGAGGAGACUUUACAGGAUUUAACUGCUGCAUGUGUCUUCUCAAAACUCGACUUAAGAUGGGGGUACCAUCAGAUUGAACUUGACGAACAAUCAAGGCAUUAUACAACAUUUGCUACACACACCGGUCUCUAUCGCUACAAGCGCCUUAUGUUUGGUGUUUCUGCGGCACCAGAAAUAUACCAACAUGUGAUUCAACAAUCUCUCCAAGGGUGCCCUGGAUGCGAAACAUCUCGGAUGACAUAA